GAUGACUUACUGUGCAUGCAACGCCGCGUCAGUGGCUGUUGGAUUUUGGAUUUCGACAUAGAAAUACACAUAUUCUAAGAACACUGCCAUAAAUAAUUUGGGAAAAGAGUGACGUAACUUAUUCAUUAUUAUUCAGCGAUGGGGCGGUCAUGGAAGCUGUGCCGCUUCAGUGUGGCUGUGUUGGUUGUGGUGGUGCUGGCCCAGCUUGCGGCAGUCGCAGCACCAGGCUGGCUUAUCGCCGUGGAGGGAAACCAUGAGACGCACAUAGGCCUUUUCUACAAAGUCAGGUGCGAGACGUUGAACGAGAACCGCUGCCAGACAAUUUCCUUCAGGGACGAGUACUUUAGGGACACCAGGCGUAAAGCUGAGCUCGGCAGGAAAACAAUCGCCGCUUUAGACUACAACUACAACGUCGCUGUGUGGCGGCAGGUGCUAUUGACGUCGGCCGUUGGCUGCUCCCUAGUCGCGCUUCUCGUGCAGCUUGGUCGUCGGGUGGUCGAUAAAAGGCAUGUGCGCAUCAUCAUCCUCUCCAUCGCCCUCACCGCCCUCUCAGCCGGGCUGAUGCUUUCGGUGACGUCUAGCUACAUCGUGGAUUGUAUGUACCAGAUGGAGCUGUUGUCCUUUGACACCCCCAGGGACCACACGUACCUCGCUUUCCCCUACUCCAUCGCCCUGGCCCUUGGAUCCGUCCUCCUCCAGUUCAUAGGCAUUCUCGUCCUCGGGGCUCACAUCUUUGAGCCCAAGGUCACAAUAGUCAAAAAACCACGCAGAAUGAGUAUUUCGACCGUGGAGCCCGGCUACACAGAAAAAAAAAUGCAGCCACCUCCACCGGCAGUUAAAGCCUCUGAGCAGAAUAUUCCGCCUGCUGCCAUGAUGACAACAGCAACUAGCGCCCCAAAAGCGCCGACAAAAGUAGAGUCAACUCCUUUGAUGAAGACAACUGUUAAUGUGACCAGCUCUCGAAUAAACCCACCGCAACGCAAGGGCGAUACUAGCAACAUAUUGUCGGAAAAGCUUUAGAAUGCAAGCGAAUAUACAUUUAUGUGAGAUUUUUGCUUUGACAUAAUUUAAAAUGACACUUGCCACAAAGGAAAUGAUUAAAGUGAGCGAGAAAUUAAAGUAUCAAACGGAAUGCAUUUAGUGAUUGCAUCAAUCAAACUAUAAAUCAGCCCUGUGUACGAGUAAGAAAAUCAUAGAUCAUACUAUAUAAAUGAUCAACUGCCAUCGGUUUUGAUGUUUAAUCUUAAAUCUCAAAAUUAUCAUUGACACGUCCUUGUAAAGAGGCUCUUAAGGAAUAGUAGACACAUGAAGCAAUUUGGUAUAAUGAUUAAACGGUUUUCUGACCUGUCGUGAGUAUGCUAGUCUAAUUAAGUCUCGUCAACACAACAUAUAAACAGUCGAUGAUAAAACAACAAUCAAUGCCAGCCACAAACGUACGUGAACGUCAUUUUAUCACGCACGUGGUUAACAACAGAGGAAUAAGGUACAACGAAAGUUACACUGUAAAUUUAUCAAAGAUAAAAAAAUCUCAUUUAUAUAAUAAAACAACGAUACACAUAUAUGUUCAAUUCUUUGCUGUUUUCUUAUAGUGCUAUUCGUUUGUUGACACGAGAUAAAGGUGUAUUACACAUCCUAGACCAACAUCCAACGUCUGACAUUCACUGCGGAAUAAUUAAGAAACCCUUGCCAUUUCACCUGGCACACCGUCAUAAGUUGUGCAUUUCCCGACGCCAAGAAUGACACGUAGGUUUCUGUUCUGAACCGCAUUGAUGCUUGAAGAGUUUACAUCCCAGAUAGCUGCAAUGUAAUUGAAUAAGCAAUAGAGCCAUAGUAUGCGCCAUAAGGCAUACCCCAGCCAAGGCAUACCACAGCAAAUUUAACACUUAAUCAUAAGAAGUACAAGGGCCCUGUCAGCAUUCUAAGGAAAAGGAUAUGAUGAUUGUUCCUGCCACGGAUACAGUUGGUAACUAGUACGUUGUACGUAUUGAGGACGAACGUGAACUAUGUUACUCUAAGUAUUAUACAGUUUGGUUUAAAGCUAACAGAAGAAUGCCAUUUACAUAUAAUUGUGCAAUGUAUGCCAUCUACGAAUGUAUCCAAUAAUAAUGGGAACAUCGUUCAACGUUAUCUUAGACAUGGAGAAAUAAUCUGAACAAAAGAACUGACGGUGUGCGACAUAACAGCUUGAAAUAUUUUACCAGGUAUUCUUAUGGCCUCAUUGAUCCCUAUACAUACGAAUCUUGAAUAAAUGAAUAAAAGCUGCA